AUGUCGACUCCAACAGAACCGCCUGGGUUUAACCAGAACAAAACCUCGACAGAAUCCGGCGCCGAAUCACCUACGACUGCCAGACCGCUGGAGAUGGACGACGACGACGCGCAAGACACCAGCGUGAUCGCUGACGAUGGCCCAGGCGCCAAAACCGGAACUGGUUCCAACACGAUUAUUCCAGGUACACCCACGACCGCAACCCCUGGUGGCGAGCCAAAAGCGCAAGGCUCGCCAAUCGAAGCCGCGCCACCGAAGCCUCCUCGACCCGUGACUGAAAGUCAGAAGAAUGAGAUGAUUCUGAAAGAAGCAUUCCCAACCGUAGAUGGCAAUGUCAUCAAAGCCGUCCUGAGGGCCAGCGGAGGCAAAGUUGAGCCGGCAUUUAAUGCGCUCUUGGAAAUGACCGACCCCGAUGCCGUCAAGAACGAGCCCGAAGAAAUCCCCCCACCACAACCCCCUCGUCCUCAAGGCCGAGCCCAGAUGUCCCAAGUCGAAGCAGAUGAGCUCUACGCCCGUCAGCUAGCCGAGCAUUAUGACAACGUUGGUGCAUAUGAAGCUCGUACCUCGAACCGUUCCCGAGAUGCUGGGCAACAUCAGGGAUGGGAUGGUGAUGAACGAGAGCACAGCUUCAUCGAUGACGAUUUGCCUGUGAUUCGCGAGAACUUGCGUAAGGGGUUCCUAGACACGCAAAGCAAAGUCAAUGGCUGGAUCACAGGCCUGCGAAAGAAGAUUGAAGAAAGCUUCGAUGAAAGCGAAGAGUCCACGCAACGACAGGGACAGCCUCUUCGCCGUCAGGGCGAGACGAGUCGCCGAAGCGGUGACUAUGAUCGUUACGAUGCGGAUCCCCAAGUGCUUAGUGACGAUUUCGCAGGAAUCCGGUUGUCCGCCGACGGAUCCGCUGCUCAAGGUAGACCGAUGGUUAACUCUGGCAUUCACCGACCUCCUCCGCCGUUGAGCUCCCCGAGAGCUGGUAAUGGACGAAGAGUAGGAUUCAAAGACGAAGCUGAGGAGAUCAACAUGUAUGAUGCUUCGCCCGCAGCCACCCCGAAGGACACACCUCAAAGCUCAAGCACCAAGACCAGCAAGUGGCAACCGCUGUCUACGGUCGAGCCCAGUCCCAUCACGGACAAUGAUCCCUUCAGCCUCGGCGACAGUGAAGAUGAGAAGGAGCCAAGCAAGGAGAAGCCCAAGGAUUCCAAAUUGGACGACAACGAGCGUCUUAAGAAGGCUGCCGCUGAAGCCAUGGCCGACAGCUUGGUGGAGGAUAAGGACGGGGCGCCGGCAGACAAAAAGGAAUAG